AUGGUGGUAGCUACAAUUAAAUGUGUUGUUGUUGGAGACGGCGCUGUUGGUAAAGUAUGUAUCUUUUAUUUUCAGCAAGUGUUGCUUGAAAAGAGAGAAUGGGCUGGGUAUGAUACAUGUAUCAAAAUUGAAAGGAGGAGAUACUGGAUCAAGCAGAAGCAUCUACGUUGGCUGUUAACUGACAUGGGUGCAGGAACUUGCCUCUUAAUUUCUUAUACUACCAACAAAUUUCCAUCUGAAUACGUACCCACAGUCUUUGACAACUAUGCAGUGACAGUGAUGAUUGGAGACGAGCCCUAUACACUGGGAUUGUUCGAUACUGCAGGACAAGAAGAUUACGACCGCCUUCGCCCACUUUCGUACCCACAAACCGAUGUCUUUCUUGUUUGUUUCUCGGUUACUUCACCUGCAUCGUUCGAGAAUGUAAAGGAAAAGUGGUUUCCCGAAGUUCAUCAUCACUGCCCUGGAGUACCUUGUUUGAUAGUGGGAACACAAGUCGACUUGAGAAGUGAUUCAGCUGUGAUUGAGAAAUUAGCCAAACAAAGACAAAGGCCCAUUGAUUUUGAUUCGGGAGAGAGAUUAGCUAAAGAGCUUGGUGCUGUCAAGUAUGUAGAGUGCUCUGCAAUGACUCAAAAAGGUUUGAAGAACGUAUUCGAUGAAGCUAUUGUGGCUGCAUUAGAGCCACCUCAGACUAAAAAAGAAAAGAAGCCAUGCCGUAUUUUAUGA